CGCCGUUUCUACCUCGGGAGAACCCAAAACGACGGCGUGGGAGCGAUCAGAAGCUGGUAUUUCAUUUUCGUCAGUUGCAGCGAGCGAGCUGAAGGUUCAGAGCUUUUUUAGCUUUAGUAGCUGAAGAAGAAAGAAGAACUACUGCGUGAGCUGAUCGGGGUUUGUUCGAGCAUUUGUACGACUCCGUGAACAGAAUGUUCACCGAAGGUCUCGACAACAACGCCCUGAAAUGGGUCUCGGAGAAGGACAGACCUCUCCCAAGUUCAAAUCUGAGGCCAAGAAUCGAUCCCCUUCUCGGCACACGAAAUGGUGGCCGUGGAUUCGGACUGCCAGCCACAUCGAAAUUCCGCAGCGGACAUCUGCCUGCAAGCACAAUCCCGUUGACCCGGCUUAUAUCUGGUGAUGCUGAUGGUAGCAUCUCAGCAUCGGAUAGUGAUAUGGUCACCGAUUCGGAGGAAGAAGUAUCUGGGUUUCAUCACUCGCUAGAUUCAUCUCCCCAUGAUGAAAGAGUGUCCAGUGGUACCACUCGUAGAUAUGAGGAUGCUAGAGCACGGCCUCAGUACACGAGUGAUUAUGGAUGGUCAGACGUUAGUUCAUCCAUGGAAACUAUUUCAGGCAUACGGGGGAAGGCAUCGGAUAGGUUUUUCAGGGGAAAUGGGAGGUAUCCUUUGGGAGUUAAGGGCUGCACAGAGGAUGAAUCAUCUGAUUCAGCUGCAAGCUCGGAAUUCUCCACAACACAGACAGGGAGCAGGAAGGGCGUUAUACCAGCUAGCAGAGGGUCUGCUCCUGAAAACUAUGCAUCAAGUGCGACUUCGCAGUUGAAAGCCCAAGGUGUUAGCGAAAAGGAUAAUACUAGAAACCUGCAGAAGGGUAAUUUCUCCGAUGAUGACAUCCGUAGUGCUCCUCCAUUUGAUGGCUCUACUGGGGAAAUUAAACAAGCAGUUGAGGAAGUGCCAGUAAUGAAGGAACAAAGUGGACUGGGAGUAGCGGAACCCCAUGGUUCCAUGCCCGCUGAUGCAACGGGAACCUUAAAACUGACAAGCUUGAAUAAUGAGGGUGACAAUAUAAACAAGAACACUGAGAAGCAACCCAGAAACUCAAUGGGUGUGGAAACUGCUUUUGCUGCUGGUUCACAUCCACCUCGCCUACCUGCAUUUCAUGCAAGUGCAUUGGGGCCGUGGCAUGCUGUAAUCGCAUAUGAUGCUUGUGUACGACUUUGUCUUAAUGCCUGGGCUAGGGGCUGCAUGGAGGCCCCAAUGUUCUUGGAAAAUGAAUGUCUUCUGUUGCGAGAUGCAUUUGGAUUGCAGCAAGUACUCCUGCAAUCUGAGGAGGAACUGCUUGUGAAGCAAUCAUCCGAUAUUGUCAAUGAGGGAGCUGCUCCAAAACCUAAGAGAAUAAUUGGCAAGAUGAAAGUUCAAGUUCGUAAAGUCAAGACUGUCCUAGACACUCCAACAGGGUGUAGCAUCCUAUCUCUUAGAGCGCCUUCAUCUCUAACACCAGCCUCCCUAAAGAUGGACUCCAUUAGACAUCAGUUCUCCAAUCUGCAGUCUACAGUUUCUUGUCAAUGGAGAGCUCUUAGAAAGAUCCAAACUGUGCAGCGCAUUCCGGCAAAUGGUUCUUUCUCACGUCAAAGCUUGUCAUAUGUUCAUGCCAGCACUCGAUACUUAAAACAGAUCUCUGGCCUUCUCAAGACCGGGGUAACAAGUCUGCGCAACAGUUCAUCAUCAUAUGAAGGUGUCCAAGAAACCUACACUUGUUUGCUAAGACUGAAAAGCUCAAGUGAAGAGGAUGCUGUCCCUAUGCAACCAGGAUCAGGCGAAACCCAUGUCUUCUUUCCAGAUACUGCAGGAGACGAUCUAAUUGUGGAAGUCCAGGACUCCAAGGGGAAGCAAUAUGGUCGUGUGCUUGCUCAGGUGGCAACUAUCGCCGAGGAACCGGCUGAUAAAGUGCGCUGGUGGUCUAUUUAUCGGGAGCCAGAGCACGAGCUUGUGGGGAAACUGCAACUCUAUAUAAAUUACUCAACAAGUUCUGAAGACAAUGGCCAUCUCAAGUAUGGCACUGUUGCAGAAACUGUUGCAUAUGACCUGGCUCUGGAGGUUGCCAUUAAAGUACAAAAGUUUCAACAAAGGAAUCUGUUGCUGCAUGGUCCUUGGAAAUGGCUUUUAUCUGAAUUUGCUUCAUAUUAUGGAGUUUCUGAGAUAUACACCAAGCUAAGGUACCUUUCCUAUAUCAUGGAUGUAGCCACACCCACAGCUGACUGUCUCACUCUGGUGCAUGACUUGCUGAUGCCUGUUCUUAUGAAGGGUCACAGCAGAGGCACGUUGAGCCAUCAAGAGAAUCGAAUUCUGGGAGAAACCAAGGAUCAGAUUGAACAGAUUCUUGCUCUGGUUUUCGAGAAUUACAAGUCACUGGAUGAAUCAUCAUACUCGGGUCUCAUGGACAUUUUCAAGCCUGCAACUGGGGUUGCUGCACCUGCUCUGGAGCCUGCAGUCAAACUCUACACUCUUCUUCAUGAUAUACUAUCUCCUGAGGCUCAGACGAACUUAUGUCACUACUUGCAGACUGCUGCCAAGAAGAGAUCUAGGAGACACCUGACUGAGACAGAUGAAUAUGUUGCCAACAGUAUUGAAGGCAUUCUGCUGGAUCCUGUCACUAUGUCGACAGCUUAUCAGAAGAUGACUUCCCUGUGCAUGAACAUAAAGAAUGAAAUCUUUACUGACAUUGAGAUUCACAACAAGCACAUACUUCCCAGUUUUGUAGACCUCCCGAAUCUGUCUUCAUCUAUAUAUUCCACAGAGCUAUGCAACAGAUUGCGGGCAUUCCUCACUGCAUGUCCACCAACUGGUCCUUCUACACCAGUAGCGGAGCUUGUCAUUGCAACUGCUGAUUUUCAGAGGGAUCUUGCCAGCUGGAAAAUAAGUCCCAUGAAAGGCGGAGUUGAUGCCAAAGAAUUAUUCCAUUUGUAUAUUUUGGUUUGGAUUCAAGACAAGCGCCUCUCCCUUCUGGAGACGUGUAAAUUGGACAAGAUAAAAUGGUCUGGGAUUAGGACUCAACAUUCAACAACCCCAUUUGUGGAUGAAAUGUACGACCGACUGAGGGAGAUGUUAACUGACUAUGAGGUCAUCAUUUGCCGGUGGCCGGAGUAUAUGUUCGUGCUUGAAAAUGCAAUUGCGGAUGUUGAGAAGGCAGUUGUUGAAGCUCUGGACAAGCAAUACUCUGAUGUCCUUGCUCCAUUGAAGGAAAACCUAACACCCAAGAAAUUCGGACUCAAAUAUGUCCAGAAACUUACCAAAAGAUCAGUUUCCUCUUAUACAGUGCCUGAAGAGCUGGGCAUUUUGUUGAACUCGAUGAAGAGGAUGCUAGAUAUCUUGAGGCCACGGAUAGAAACAAAGUUCAAGUCAUGGGGUUCUUGCAUGCCUAAUUGUGGAAACACAGCUCCUGGAGAUCGUCUGAGCGAAGUGGCAGUCAUGCUGAGGACGAAGUUCAGAAACUAUCUGCAGGCUGUUGUGGAAAAACUGGCGGAAAAUACCAAGCUACAGGCGACUACAAAACUGAAGAAGGUACUCCAAGACUCGAAAGGGACAGUGGUAGAAUCCGAUGUCAGGGGAAGAAUGCAGCCACUCAGAGAGCAGCUCGCAGCUGCUAUUAAUCAUCUGCACACUAUCUGCGAGACUCACGUUUUUGUCGCACUUUGUCGAGGUUACUGGGACCGAAUGGGACAGGAUGUGUUGAGUUUCCUGGAGAGCAGGAAAGAGAACAAAUCGUGGUACAAAGGUUCACGAGUCGCUGCUUCUGUGUUGGACGAUACAUUUGCCUCGCAAAUGCAGCAGCUGCUCGGGAAUGCACUUCAAGCAAAGGAUCUGGAGCCACCACGAUCUAUCAUGGAAGUUAGAUCCAUCCUCUGCAAGGAUGCACCAGCUCACAAGGACGGGACCUUCUAUUACUAGGUUCCUGAAUUCAUAAGCCUACCAAAUAGACGGCUCAAACCGGCGGAGCAGUUUGUGUACAUAUUUCAUCGAAUGUUGAAGUCCUUAACAGCUGCUAAGGAUCAUGUAGGCAAGGGAUUUUGAUCCUUAAAACUUCUGUACAUAUAUAUGUUACCACUGGUUUAUGUUUCAACAGAUUUUGCUGCCGUGUCGGGCUUUGAUUCUUUCAUAAUUUCAAAUUAGCUUGUUCUUCUUUCAUCGUUUUCUGUCUGUGCCGUGAUCGGUGAGAUCCGUACUUUGCACUAUGCUGAGCCACACAAAAUUCAAAAUGUUGCCAUUC